CGGUUUCACUUUCACUUUCGGGAAGCCGCCUCCUUUCCCAGAAGCGGAUCCGGGCAGCCGGGGGCUUCCCAGGGCGGGCGGCGAACCGGGGUCCAGACCAGCCUCUCUCCGCCUCCCCGCCCCCCAGUUCGCGGCCCCUCGCCCAGGCCGGGAGUUGCGGGCGGCGCGUUUCCACGGGGCAGCUGCGGAGCCGGACCAGGACUUGCCCCCGGCGCCUGGGAUCCGCUAGUCCCGGAGCAGCCGCAUCCAGACCCCGGCCCGCACCGGGAAAGGGGGAGACCCCAAGCGGAGUGGAACUGGAUCGGCAGGACAGGUUCUGCGGUCACUCCGGCGCGGCUCUGAGCGCAGUGACCCGAACGGCCGCCAGAGGGCGCCCCCGGCGGGGACCGGCCGCACCGGGACUAGGAGAUUUAGACACUCGCUGCUGAGCGCUGGAGGGAACCGGCUGCAGUCGGGACUAGGAGAUUUAGACACUUUCUGCUGAGCGUUGCAGGACCGGCCCCUGGCAUGAAGCUGGCCAUGGCCUGGGUCUCCCUGCCCCUGGCAGUGCUGCUGGAUUUCCUCACCCUGCGCCUGGCCCUGCUGCUUUGCCCCCCGCUGCAGGCCUGGGACCCCCUGGCGCUGGCCUGGGGGGUGGCGCUGGCGCGAUGGGCGUUGCUGAGCCUGAGCGCCCAGGCUGCCUGCGGCAGGGGACAGGGCCUGCCCGGGGGGCUACGGGACGCGCUGCUGCCGCUGGCUGCCCUGCUCAGCCUGCUGCUGCCCAGCUACGUGACCCUGCAGGCGCUGGCCCAGCCCCGGGCACCCCCCUCGGAGCUGCUGCACGGCUGGGGGCGAGGGGAUGUCUUCGGCCUGACCUACGGCGUGGCGGGGCUGGUGGCCGUGCUCUGGCACCAGCUGUUCCCUGCCGGCAAGGGGGAUCCGAGGCCCUCGGCCUCGCUGGGCCGUCUGCUGGCCUGCAUGAGGCCCGACCUGCUGCGCUUCGUGGCCAUCGCGGGGUUCCUGGUGCUGUCCUCACUUGGGGAGAUGGCGAUCCCCUACUACACGGGGCACAUGACCGACUGGAUUGUGAGCGAGAACGACCCCUCGGCCUUCGUCCGGGCCAUCUGGGCCAUGUCCCUCAUCACCGUGGGCAGCGCAGUGACAGAGUUCGUGUCCGACUGUCUCUAUAACGGCACCAUGAACCGGAUCCACAUGCGAAUCCAGAGCCGGGUCUUCAGCUCCGUACUGCGCCAGGAGAUCGGCUUCUUCCAUGCCAACCGCACUGGGGACAUCACGUCGCGGGUGACGGCCGACACGGACGCCGUGAGCGAGGCGCUGAGCGAGAAGCUGAACCUGCUGAUGUGGUGCGGGAUGCGGGGAGUCUUCCUCUUCGGCCUCAUGGUGCAGGGGUCGCUGCGGCUGGCGCUCUUCACCGCCGUGGGGCUGCCCCUCGUCCUGCUGGUGCCCAAGCUCUCCGGGAAAUUCCACCAGAGCCUGGCGCAGCGGGUGCAGGAGUCCCUGGCCAAGGCCAACGAGGUGGCAGUGGAGACCUUCCAGGCCAUGGCCACGGUGCGCAGCUUCGCCAACGAGGAGGGGGCCGCCCGGCGCUACGGGCAGCGGCUGCAGGAGACCUACUGGCUCAACAAGCAGGAGGCAGCCGCCUACGCCGCCUCCAUGUGGACCAACAGCCUGUCGGGGCUGGCGCUGAAGGUGGGGAUCCUGUACUAUGGGGGGCGGCUGGUCACCGCUGGGGCCGUCAGCACCGGGGAUCUGGUCACCUUCGUCCUUUACGAGAUGCAGUUCACCAUGGCCGUGGAGGUGCUGCUCUCCGUCUACCCCAGCGUGCAGAAGGCCAUGGGCUCCUCGGAGAAGAUAUUUGAGUACAUGGAGCGGACGCCCCAGAUCAGCCCCCCCGGGACGCUGGCCCCCCCCAGCCUGCGUGGGCACCUCCAGGUGCAGGACGUCUGGUUCUCCUACCCCGGCCGGGAUGAUGCCCCUGUGCUCAAGGGGGUGUCUCUGGAGCUGCGCCCCGGGGAGGUGACGGCGCUGGUGGGCCCGUCGGGCGCGGGGAAGACGUCGCUGGUGGCCCUGCUGGAACGUUUCUACGAGCCUCAGCGCGGGCGCCUGCUGCUGGACGGGCGGGACCUGCGGGAGUACGAGCAUCACUACCUGCACAGCAAGGUGGCGCUGGUGAGCCAGAAGCCGGUGCUGUUCGCCCGCUCGCUGCACGAGAACAUCGCCUACGGGCUGGGGGGGCGCAGCCGCCAGGAGGUGACGGGGGCUGCCCGGCGCGCCAACGCCCACGGCUUCAUCGCCCGGCUGAGCCACGGCUACGACACAGAUGUUGGGGAGAUGGGGGGGCAGAUCUCGGGGGGGCAGAGGCAGGGGGUGGCCAUUGCCCGAGCCCUGCUCCGAGACCCCCGAGUGCUGAUCCUGGACGACGCCACCAGCGCCCUGGACACGGAGAGUCAGCUGUGGGUGGAGAAGGAGAUUUACGAGGGGGCCCAGGCCGGGUGCACGGUGCUGCUCAUCGCCCAUCGCCUGAGCGCCGUGGAGCGAGCCGACCGCAUCCUGGUGCUGGAGGAGGGGGAGAUCCGGGAGCAGGGCACCCACCAGGAGCUGCUGGCGCGCCGGGGCGGCUACUGGCGCCUGGCGCAGAAACAGCUCAACGGGGACACGGGGGGCGGCUCCGAUGGUGGGCUGGGGGCUGGGGGGCCGGGCGCCCCGUGCGCUCUCCGUGCGCCCCUCUCCAGCGCGCCCUUGGCCGGGCCGGUCCCUCCCCAGCUGCCGCUUUCGGUUUCUCUUCCCCCGGCGCUCACAGCAGGCGGGAGGCGCAGCGAGGCGAUGGCGCUGGUCGAGGUGUGCGGGCUCCCCCGCGGGGGCUGGGACUGGGCCCCCCCCGGAGCCGCCGCUGCGCCCCGGGGACCCGAUGACUACAGCUUCGGCCUGCGGGCGCCCGAGCUGCCGGCCCAGUUCCUGCAGACCUACUCCGAGGAGGGCCGGGACCGGGUGCGGAUCCAGCUGGCCCACGGCACCACCACCCUGGCCUUCAAAUUCCAGCACGGGGUCGUCGUGGCUGUUGACUCCCGGGCAUCGGCUGGCAGCUACAUUGCCACCCUGGAGGCCAACAAGGUGAUCGAGAUCAACCCCUACCUGCUGGGCACCAUGUCGGGCAGCGCCGCCGACUGCCAGUACUGGGAGCGGCUCCUCGCCAAGCACUGCAGGCUGUACCAGCUGCGGAACAAGGAGCGGAUCAGCGUCUCAGCCGCCUCCAAGCUGCUAUCAAACAUGAUGUGCGAGUAUCGGGGCAUGGGGCUGUCCAUGGGCAGCAUGAUCUGCGGCUGGGACAAGAAGGGCCCCGGCCUGUACUACGUGGACGAUAAUGGCACCCGUCUCUCCGGCCCCAUGUUCUCUACGGGCUGCGGGAACAGCUACGCUUACGGGGUGAUGGACAGCGGGUACCGGCCCGACCUCAGCGUGGAGCAGGCCUACGACCUGGGGCGCCGCGCCAUCGCCCAGGCCACCCACCGCGACGCCUACUCCGGGGGCGUCGUCAACAUGUAUCACAUGAAGGAGGAUGGAUGGAUCAAGGUGGAGAAGACCGACGUCAGCCAAUUGAUCCACAAGUACCUGGAGGCCAGGAAGCGGCAGCAGCAGCGGGCGGGGCCCGGCCCGGGAAUCCCCCGAAAGCGAAACCGGGCGGGCUCGGCGGGGUCCGGGCGCUGCCGCCCCCCGAGAAGGAGCCGGAGCCGGAGCCGGAGCCGGAGCUGGAGCCGCAGACUGUCUUCCACCAUGCCGCUGCCCCUCACCCUGCGUCUGGGCUGCCCCCUGCUGCUCUGCGACCUGGCCCUGCUGGCCCUGCUGGGCUGGGGCGUCCCCUCGCUGGCCCCCCUGGGGCUGCCGGCCACCUGGCUGGAAGCUGCUGUGCGUUUCCUGGGGCUCUGGAGAGCCUGGGGGCUGCUGGCCCCGGAUCAGCCCCACCUGUCCCCCCCCAGGGCCCUGACUGCCCUGUGCCUGCUGCCCCCCCUGUACCUCACCCUGCGGAGCUGCCUGCCCCUGCCCGACGUGCCCCCUGCCCUGCUGGCCGGCGCCCCCUGGGCCUGGCUGCUGCUGAGCUAUGGGGCAGUGGGGCUGGCCCAGCUCACCUGGGGGGCCCUGGGGCAGGGAGAUAGGACCGGGGGGCCCGGCGCAGAGGACACGGAGCGGGAGUCCAGUGCCACCCUGCGCCGGCUGGUGGGGCUAUCCCGGCCCGACGUGCCCUUCCUGUCCGGGGCCUUCGUCUUCCUCGCUAUAGCUGUGAUUGGUGAGACGUUCAUCCCCUACUACACGGGACGUGUCAUCGACAUCCUGGGCAGUGCCUAUGACCCCGACGCCUUCGCCACCGCCAUCGUCCUCAUGUCCCUGGCCUCCUUUGGCAGCUCCCUGGCUGCCGGCUGCCGCGGGGGGCUCUUCAUGUUCACGUUCUCCCGGCUCAACAUCCGCACCCGGUGCCAGCUCUUCUCCUCCCUGGUGCGCCAGGACCUGGCCUUCUUCCAGCAGGUCAAAACAGGGGACCUGACCUCGCGCCUCUCCAAGGACACCACCAUGAUGAGCCGCUCGGUGCCGGCCAACGCCAACAUCUUCCUGCGCAGCCUGGUGAAGGCGCUGGGGCUGUACGGCUUCAUGCUGGGGCUGUCCUGGCGCCUGACGCUGCUCACGCUCGUUGAGAUGCCCCUCACCAUGGCUGCUGAGAAGGUCUACGAUGCCCGCCACCAGGCCGUGCUGAGGGCGAUCCAGGACUCCAUGGCGCGCUCCACCGAGGUCGUGCGCGAGUCGGUUUCCUCCAUCGAGACCGUGCGCAGCUUCGCCACCGAGGAGGAGGAGUCGCGGCGCUACGAGGCGGCGCUGGCCGAGACCCACCGGCUGAAGAACCGCCGUGACCUGGAGAGGGCACUCUACCUGCUCUUCCGCCGGCUGCUGCAGCUGGCCGUGCAGGUGCUGAUGCUGUACUGCGGGCACCAGCAGAUCCGCGCCGGGCUCCUGACCAAGGGCAGCCUGGUCUCCUUCAUCCUCUACCAGGGGGACGUGGGCAGCUAUGUGCAGACCCUGGUGUAUAUGUACGGGGACCUGCUGAGCAACGUGGGGGCGGCGGAGAAGGUGUUUGAGUACCUGGACCGGGAGCCAGCCGUGUGCACCGACGGGACGCGGGCGCCGGAGUCGCUGCAGGGACACGUCUCCUUCCGCAACGUCUCCUUCUCCUACCCCUCCCGCCCGGACCGCCAGGUCCUAAAGGCCGUGUCCUUCGAGCUGCGCCCCGGGGAGGUGACGGCGCUGGUGGGACUGAACGGCAGCGGGAAGAGCACGUGUGUGGGGCUGCUGGAGCGGUUCUACGAGCCCCAGGCCGGGGAGAUCCUGCUGGACGGGGCCCCUAUCCGGGAGUACGAGCACCGGUACCUGCACCGCCAGGUGGCCCUGGUGGGGCAGGAGCCCGUCCUCUUCUCCGGUUCCAUCCGGGAGAACAUCGCCUACGGGCUGGGGGGCCGCGGGGAGGAGCAGGUCACCAGGGCGGCCAGAGCGGCCCAUGCCUCUGGGUUCAUUGCGGAGCUGGACAGCGGCUUUGAGACAGAUGUGGGGGAGAAGGGUGGGCAGCUCUCGGCAGGGCAGAAGCAGCGGAUCGCCAUCGCCCGGGCGCUGAUCCGCCAGCCGGCUGUGCUGAUCCUGGAUGAAGCCACCAGCGCACUGGAUGUGGAGAGCGAAUGCGCGAUCCGCCAGUCGGUGCUGAGCCGGGGGCCCCGGACGGUGCUGGUAAUCGCCCACUGUAUGCAGACGGUGGAGGACGCUGACCGGAUCGUGGUGCUGGAGGGCGGGGCCGUGGCCGAGGAGGGGACGCACGCCGAGCUGAUGGGGCGCAAGGGCCCCUACUACAGACUGGUGCAGAGAGACCUGGCCGAGUAACCCCCGGCCCCGAGGAAUAACCCAGCACCAGCCUGAUGACCCGUCCCCUCCUCCCCCGGCACAGGGUGACAUGGACCAUACUGACAGCGUCUGAUUAGUGUAUGAUGUCGGGUCACUGGUUUAUCGUCUGCGUUGGGGUGUCAGUUCUGCGCAGGGAGUCCCGGGGGGGCAGGCGUGUUCGACUGGCUGAGUGCGAGAAGAGUGUUUUGUAAAAUACAUUGAUGAGGUGAAACAUCC